AUGUCAGGUUUUAAUAUCGAAAGAUUAAUUAAUUUGAACUCAUUUAACCAGGGUAUCUCGGAAAAUGAAACGCUUGCGCUAUCCUUGCCUACUGGAAAUACAGUUGACCUUGAUUUUGAAAGCUAUUGUUAUUAUUAUAGUGAUAAUACAUACAAUAAUGAAGAUAUUUCGUCAAUUUUAAAUAAAAAAAACGAAAUUAGUGGAAUUAAUAAUUGGGUGAAUUUCAAUUGUACUGAAAAUAAGUAUUUUGAAGAAUGUAUGCAAUCGAAUCUUACCACUAACAUAAACAAAACUAAUUAUAAACAUGAUAUAGAGUCUUAUUGCAAUGAUUAUUAUAAUAGAGAUAAUUUUCUACCUUCCUUAAUGAAUUCCAAUCUAAUUAUAAAUCAUUGCUUUCAAAACAGUGAAGUAAAAGUUAAAAGCAAAGUAAAGUCAAUUGUGUUAUUUUUAAGAGCCAAUUUAGGGAUUAAUGUUGCAAAGAAUUUCAAAGAAGAGGUAGAGGCACUCGGAGCAUAUGUUUUCAUUGCAGAGAAUUGCAAGGAACUGUUAGAUGUUAACAACGAACUUGACGGUUGUAAAAGGUUAAUUGUUACAUCUGCAGAUGUAGCUCUGAAUGAGAGGUUAACGGAAGAAAUAUCAAAGAAAAAGUUGUCAAAUUUCCUUGGGGUAGUGCUUUAUUGCGGACCUCAUGCAGAAUAUCAUAUUAAAUGGUGUUCUAGAGUUUCUUCUAUCAAAUUUCUUUCACAAAAUUUAAUAGAAGUCAGGCGUGCAAUCUCUUGGUUAUUCUCCGAAUCUACAGCAACCACAAAUGAAAUGCCAAAUAUUGGGCGAAGAAAUAAAAAAGUUGGUCUUCAAGAGUUGAAAAAACCUUCACAGAACAAAAUAAACUCAGUUAUGGGUAACUUUCCUAGUUUGGGAGUGCAGGGGCUUACAAACCAAAUUAUAAAUGAAGAAGAUAACCAAAUAAAUUCUACAGGAAACUACUCUCCCUUCGGAAUAAACAAUAGUAAUCCACAUGACAAUAUUGCAAGCAUGUUUAGGACAUUAGCUCUUGAAACAAAAAUAGCAACUCAAGUGAAUAACGGACAGUUUUUCAGUGUAGAUAACUAG